UGACAUAUCACCUCCGGGCUGUCAGUGCGCUCAUUAUAAAGUAGAUACGCACGCUGUUAAGCAGACUAUAUUUGUGGUGUUUCGUCGGUAGGAUAUAUAAUUUUUGUCUACGAAUGAUCGAGAGAGUCUCGGAGGAACAGACAGUGAGGGUUGAACAGCUGGUGUCGCCGGGAGUUUUCUCUACAGUCUGACUACAAGGAUGGAACACGACCGCAUCUUGCGCUCAGGAAAGAAACUGUCCCGACAAAGCCAAAUGGAAAAUAAAAAUGGGACUGCCCUCUCCAACGGAUUCCAUGACCAUAGGAAAGGAUCCGAGAAGGAUAAAAUGACCCCGGCACACAGGAGGUUUUUCGACAAAUAUUUCGUCCCGUUUUUCCUGAUGCUGGUGACACCUCACGUUGGCAUUUUGUUCUGGUACACACACAGACAGUGUGGCGGAAGUUACGCUAAGCUUGGCAUGAUGUUUUCCGAGAAGUCUUUCUUGCCUGGAAUGUACGAAAUCUGGCAACGCACUCUACACUGGCCCCAAGACGGAUUAUGUUUUUACAUCCUGAUCGGCUACAGCAUCUGGGCUCUUUUCCUGAUGGCGUUCCUGCCUGGGGAAAAAGUCGAAGGCCCGGUUACUCCUAAAGGAAACGUCCCGAUAUAUAUAGACAAUGGCUUUAAGCAUUACAUAGUUACCAUGGUAACUCUGGCCGGUCUGACCGUUGUGUUGAAGCAGUAUGGUAUGAGUCCAUCCGUCGUAUAUGACCGUUUCGACGAAAUUCUCUUGAUUCUGAACAUUUUUAGUUUUAUCUUCUGUGUCUUCUUGUACUUCAAGGGCAUCCACUCGCCUUCGUCGACAGACUGUGGUUCAUCCGGAAACCCUCUUUUUGAUUACUACUGGGGUACGGAACUUUAUCCCCGCAUUUUUAAUUUUGAUGUGAAGGUUUUCACCAACUGCAGAUUUGGAAUGACCGUUUGGGGACUCCUUGUUGCCAUAUUUGCCUUGAAAAGUUACGAGCUUUAUGGAUUCGUAGAUAGCAUGUUUGUAUCGGCCUUUCUCCAAUUGGCGUACAUCACGAAGUUCUUCUGGUGGGAAGCGGGGUAUAUGCGAACCAUUGAUAUCAUGUUGGAUAGAGCCGGUUACUACAUCUGCUGGGGAUGUCUUGUUUUCAUUCCGUCGUUUUAUGCCUCCGUUAGUCUUUACCUUGUCACCAAACCUGUCAGUCUUGGCCCCGUGACGUCACUCCUGAUAUGUCUUUGUGGCCUAACGUCAAUAUAUAUAAACUACAUUGCCGACUGGCAGAAACAGAGAGUUCGCCAAACUAACGGAGAAUGCUUAAUCUGGGGCAAGAAGCCGAACAUUCUCAGAGCUAAGUACAUGCUAGAGAGCGGACAAGAAAGGGAGAGCAUCCUACUCGCUUCCGGUUGGUGGGGUAUGUCGCGACAUUUCCACUAUAUACCGGAAAUACUUCUGGCGUUUUGCUGGAGUUUGCCUGCUCUAAGUGAGAAUAUCAUGCCAUAUAGUUACGUCAUUUUUCUCAUCAUCCUUCUCACUCAUCGGAGCUUCCGUGACGACACUAAAUGUGGUAUAAAAUAUGGUAAGUUCUGGGCGGAAUACUGCCGGAAAGUGCCGCAUAAGAUAAUUCCAUACCUCUUCUAGAUUUAGUGUGAACAUUUAUAUAUAGUAACAUAUAUACGCUUCCAGCUCAUCCAAUCAAAAUACUGAAGACUUGCAGCAUCAAUACCGGAUGUGUGCCGCAGUAUUUAGGACAACAAUGAAAAGUGGGACGAUGUCGAGACAUUUAGUUUUCGCGUUUGACUCUGAUUUAUUGUCGUAAAAUAGUUAUUUAUUUUAAUAAUUUAAUGUUGUGAAUGCAUCAAAAUCAGUUUCGUUCUGGAUGUUCGUCUCGUUGAUGUGUCUACCUCCGGAAAAGUUGAACUACUUCCGGAACAAUCGGAACUCGUCUUGUGUGCUUGAUGUGGCGCGUUCUCGGGAGUUCCGAGUGUUCCCCGAAUAUCGUUGUCGAUGUUUUAAUGAAAUCUCUGGUGCUGAGUGACGUCAAUGACAGUUCUGUGACGUAAACUAGAUGUCGUCAUAUCUACCACUAAACGGGAUAUUGGCCAUUAAUUUAAACGUAACAUUGUUAGGUCUGUAUUACGCUUAUACAUGUAGCAUUUAUUAACGUUUUUAUCACUUUUUGUUUGUAUAUAUAGAAUGUGCACUCGACAUUUUUGGCGGUGCUUAUGUUGAAUUCGUUUUUAACAUUCAUCUUUUUUUUUAUAUUCGAGGUUUUGUUAAGUUGUUAUUUAAUACCUUGCUCAGUAUGACUUUUAAUAAGUUAUGCCUAGCCAUAUACUCUUGCCUACGUGUGUUCUGUAGAACAAACUGGCGUACUUAUAAUGUACUGAUCCAGAGUCCUAAAUAUAUACAAGUAUACUUGAUUGUCAGAAAUAAAUUAAUUGUUUCAAAUUUCUUUGAACGAAUUGUCCUGUUUGAAGUUUAUGUUCCGAUAUCUUGGAUACAUUACUAAUGCCGGAUUUAUCUAUACAUGUACUGCAUUUUUUUUAUCAUAUAGCUAGGGUUCGAAUGUCUGUGGGCAAUGCAAAUACAUCGAUAUUAACGAAAAAAUGUAGGCAUUUCAGUAAACCAUCGGUGCAUCAAUGUACAUGUACUGUAUGUACCAAAAAAAUUUUGAAUAUUUUUUCAACAAAAAUUGGCACGAACUAUUUAAAAAAAAACGACCAGUUCUGUUAUUUAGUACCAAACUGAUCAAGGAAUUCCGCUGAAUGUAUUUUAAGAUAUUUAUUUCAUAAUGAGAUGAUAAUGAAACCCACUUUACUGUCUUAAGUGAAUGACGUUGCAAGAAAAAAUGCCGCGAAAACAUGCUAAGCUGUUGACAGUGCAAGUUAUAAGCUUUCAAAUCGAGAUUUAACAAAUGCUUGUAGUUUUCUGAAUUUUUCCCAAAUACCUCAUUUUGUAUUAUACCUUUUUGUCAUCCUAUCUUAGGAAGUGUAGACAUUUUAGUUUAUGCGGUAUUUUAGGUCGAAAACGAUUAUGACACUCUUGUAUACAGGUUGCAACACGGAACGCCAAAGCGAAAUACACGUGCAGCAGGUCACAUAUAAACAACAUCUCGACUCGGGACAUUUGACAAAAUAAAACUGACUUACCUGUGUCGCGUGACGAUUAUCUGUAACUCUCGGUUAUCAUUCCAGUUGAUGUGUCGAACAAAAUACAGACCUGAUUUAGGCAUGAAAACGCUGAAAUUACCUGCAGUGGGUCCACAUGUCGUGUCACACGUGCAUGCCGGGGCUAACAGUGCGAGGUGUUUCGAAUGAUAUCAGCCAAGGCAGAUAACUACGUCACUGAAGUGCUUCUCGAAAAUCUGGUAUAACAAGCGAGUUUUGACGUCACCUUCCUCUUACAAUGAUUAGAGCCACGGGCACAGGGACUCGGCAUGAAUCCCGAAACAAUGGUCCACACACACAUAUAUAUAUAUUAUAUAUUAUAAGACAUAUAUGAACCGUGGUUUGGGAAUUUAUUCCAAGUUCUUGUGUCCAUGAAUGCAAAAACUCGUCACCAAGCAAGUUUUAAACUGUCUGCAUCAUAUUACCUUAGAUAAAAAGACCGGAAGAUACCAUUAUAAUGGCAGAACAUCUCAGAAACAUUCUGAUUUUU